AAACACUGUACUAUUCUUUAAACAGUAUGCCAUGGAAUAUACCAUAGCGUUUACAAGAACCACUAGAAUCAUUUCUGGUGUGAGCUAGCUUUAACAGAAUUCUUGGAUCUGUCUGACCGUCUAGCACGCACAACCCCAGAUAAACUGUCAGAAGAAGAGGAAGGAAGGAAGGGUGAGUUUCGGACAUUUCAUCAGUUGGGAGUAUGCCAAGUCUGAUUGGCAAUCGUAUUUUCUCAUCAGCCCCUGCUACAUCCAACAACCACCCAUGCGCUAGACCGUUUUGCAGAAUCAUUAGUACUAAAAGGUUUUCCAGGAGUCCCACUACAAGUAUUGCUCCGCGGGCUCGGAUGCCCAGUGAAUCGCUUUCCCAAUUCCCAGUGCAAAGCAAGAGUACUCUCCCUGUUGUCGCUCCUUUGGAAGAGAUACUGUUUGACAUUGAUGGUACAUUGUGCGAUUCAGAUCCUAUCCACUACUAUGCCUUCAGAGAAAUGCUUCAAGAGGUAGGUUUCAAUGGAGGACAGCCACUAACGGAAGAUUUUUUCAUAAAAAAUAUUAGCGGCAUGCAUAAUGAUGAACUCUGUCACAUCCUCUUUCCAGACUGGGACUUUGAUAGAGCCAUGAAAUUUAUGGAGGAUAAGGAGGAGAUGUUUCGCAGAUUGGCAUCAGAACAACUAAAACCUGUUAAUGGCCUUGACAAGUUGUGCAAAUGGAUUGAGGAUCGUGGUCUGAAGCGAGCUGCGGUUACUAAUGCUCCAAGACCAAAUGCUGAGCUAAUGAUUUCUAUGGUGGGCCUUGCCAGUUUCUUUGAACUACUAGUCAUUGGAAGUGAAUGUGAACGGGCAAAGCCUUUCCCUGACCCCUACCUGAACGCUCUUGAUGCACUUAGAAUUGCACCUGAACGUGCAUUUGCUUUUGAGGAUUCUGUAUCGGGUACAAGAGCUGGGGUUUCAGCUGGGAUGCCAGUGGUAGGUGUAGCCACAAGAAACCCAAGGAAGCUAUUGAUCGAGGCAGGGGCUACUUUUGUUAUCAACGAUUUUCAGGAUCCAAAGUUGUGGGGGGCCUUGGAAGGACUAGAUAGGAAUUAGAGUGGGUGAAGAUCACUAAAUCUGCUGGCCAAUUUUUUCCAUUCUUUUCUAUGGGAAUGUUUCUGAAUCUCAUACUAGCUAGCACACAUGGUUUAAUUGUCUUAAUUUUUCCAUUCUUUUCUGUGGGAAUCUCUCUGAAUCUUUCCCACAAAAACUUUCCAUACACUGAUGAGUCAUUUUUAUGACUGAUUUAAAGUAUUAACUUCU